UUACUGUCUACUGUUUCAGUAUUACCUGCACAGCCCCACAGGACUGUCUACACUUGUCCUGGGUGAGUGUGUGUGAACACAAAGGGAGAGGAAAGAAUCACAGAAGAGUUCUUCUCAUUCUUUCUCUCAAUUUUCGUUUUUUCUUCUGUGGGGAGACUACUUGAAAUAUUUAUUCCUGCUAUUUUGCAACAUAGUUGCUGGGCAACUAGCACUGGAUAUGGCUGGUUGUCUGCAAAGGACAAGACUUUGUAGAGCUCAGGCACUCUUGAAAUGCCUCUCAGUGUUUUUUACUGUGGGCUUUUGCUUUGCCUCAGUGGAUGCAGAGCCUUUUGACGCUGCUUUUCUCUAUAAACACCAAACUGGACCUAACGCCGAUGACAUCAUCGUAGCCAACAACGGAAUCAGGGUUCCCUUUGGGAGGUCUGUGUAUUUGGACCCUGUUAAUGACCUGGUCACUGAUGUGCAGCCCGGGGACCGCUGCCACAUCACUGUUCUGGACAAUGACCCACUGGCCCAGAAACCGGGAAUGCUAAGUCCUAAGAAGUUUCCCUGUUCGUUCGGGCCUGAGGAGGUAAAAUACACUCACUUUGGUUCUCGGAGUCCGAGCAAGGACCGGGUGAAGCUUCAGUUGCGCUACGACUCCCACACGGACACAGUGGUCAUCCCCUUCAUGCUGGAGGUGGAGGUGGUCUUCCAGCAGCUGGAGAUCCUCACCCGCAACAUACCUCUCGUAGUGGACAAGCUUCACAGCACCAGCAACCCUAUUGACAAAAAGGGCCUUGAGUUCUCCUUUGAGGACGGGGUCACUAAGUGUAAGGUCACAACCCUGGUUGGCGCAGGAGGUCUCCCCAGGUAUGGCACCCUUUUGAGUCAUUCCAUCAAUGGCCAGAUGGUAGACUGUGAUGAGUUUCUUAAGCAAGGCAUUCGCUACAAGCACACAGCCACCACCAACUCACCUAACAGAGACUUUAUUCCUAUGAUGGCAGAGCUACAGGACAAUGAGGGCAACAUUAUAUUGCAGGAGCAUUUCCAGAUUAUGAUUAGAAUCAAAGAGGGGACAGAAAACACUUCUCCCAAGCCUAGCUUUGUAGCUAUGAUGAUGAUGGAGAUUGAUCAGUUUGUGAUGACAGCUAUUACAACUGAUAUGCUGGCUGCCGAGGAUGUUGAAUCAGAUCCAGAUAAUUUAAUCUUUAACAUAACUUCCCCUUUAGGCUAUCAGCAGGGCUACCUAAUCAGCACAGACGAUCAGAAUCUGCCUAUCACUUCUUUUUAUCAGAGAGACAUUAAAGAUCUGAAAAUAGCCUAUAAGCCUCCCUCAGAGGACUCAAACGAAGAGAGGAUUUUCCAGCUGGAGUUUGAAAUUGUAGAUACGGAGGGUGCAGUGUCUGACACUUUUGCUUUUAUGAUUGUGGUGAAGCCAAUGAAUACCUUGGCACCCGUAGCAACCAAGAACACAGGACAGCUUUUGUUUGAGGGCCAAUCCCGGGCUCUGUCCAGCUCUCAAAAUCUAGAGAUCAGUGACGAGGAUAACCUGGACGAUGUUAAAAUAACAGUCGUCGACGGAUUGAAACACGGCGAGCUGACGGUGCUGGGCUCUCGCAGGAAAUUCUUCACGCCUGCUGAUUUAGAUGCCGGCAUCGUGGUAUACCAACACGACGGCAGUGACACCUACAGCGACAACAUCAUUUUCAGAAUGACUGACGGUAACAAUGAGGUGGAGUUUCUGUUCCCCAUCACCAUCGCCCCUACAGAUGACGAACCCCCUAUCGUCAACGCUAACACUGGCCUGGUGCUUUUCAAGAACGAAAUCAUGCAGCUCUCCCCCUUUAUUCUAAGUGCCAUAGACAUUGAUUCAGAGGACUCCACCAUUAAGUUUAUUUUAGAGGUCCCGUAUUCCACGGAGGGGGAGAUGCUUCUCAGACAAGUGGAGCCGCCCUCUGACCCCUCAGCCUGGAAGUUCAGUGAGACAGAUGAGAUGUUUGAACGGGUGGUGGUAGAGUGGUUUCAGCAGGACAUCAUGGACGGUAAGCUCUUUUAUCGCCACAUCGGACCCCACAGUACCACCGUUGUGAUCGACCAGUUAAUCUUCCGUGUACAAGAUGACAACGACCCCCCUAACCAGUCGGGGGAGCACUCGUUCACCAUCAAGAUCCAACCCGUGGAUGACAUUCCCCCAGAGCUCUAUACAGGCACCACACUUCACAUGACAGUGAAGGAGUAUGAACUGACAUAUUUCAGCAAGAAGUUUUUGCGUUACACCGAUCUGGAUUCAGAUGACAGGGAUCUGAGGUACACAAUCAUCAAGUCUCCCACUGACACGGAUGACAACAACCCAACCCUCCUGGGAGACAUUGUUCUGACUGACAACCCUGGCACUGUCGUCACCGAGUUCACACAAGCUCAGGUCAACCACCAUAAAGUGGCUUACAAACCCCCAGAUCAAGAACUGGGCAUCACUCCAAAAGUUGCUCAGUUUACAUUCAUUGUGGAGGACACUGCGGGUAAUUCAGUAGAUGGACUAUUCACUAUUUUCUUACAGCCAGUGGACAACAAACCCCCUCUUAUAACCAACACAGGUUUUACUGUCUUGGAGAGAAGCACAUACAUCAUCACUAGGAAAGAGCUGUUUGCCACGGACAAGGAUACAGACGAUGAAAAGAUCCUGUUCACCGUGACUCUGAUUCCCCGCUAUGGGCAGCUGCAGUAUUUAGGGAUAGACAUGUCCAACAGUGAGACAUUCAAUCUGGAGGACGUGGAAAAUGGCCGUCUGGCCUACAUCCACAAUGGAGAAGAAUCCCUCAGUGACAUCAUCAAGGUGGACUGCAGCGAUGGUUUCCACGAGGUGCCCAUCAUCAUCAAGAUCUCCAUCAGCCCCGUGGAUGACGAGACCCCCACCAUCAUGCUCCCAGCGGGCCUGCUCGGAGCCCACAUCGACGUGCUGGAGAACGGGGCGACCGAGAUCACCAGCAACGUCAUCCAGGGACGGGAUGAGGACACGGACGACCUCAUGCUCACCUUCAUCGUAGAGGAGCCCCCCAAACUCGGCGAGAUCCUGGUCAACGGAGCCCCCUCAGAGAGGUUCACGCAACAGGACAUCAUCAACGGAGUGGUUGUGUACGCACACACGAGCGGGGAAGUCGGUCCCAUCAAAGAGCACGACUCCUUCAACCUCACCAUCUCCGAUAUGUCGGAUGAGUGGGUCGUUGGGGGCAACAAGGUCCAAGGUGUCCGGGUUCAAGUUACCAUCCUCCCAAUGGACAGCAUCCCACCCAUAGUCAGCGUGGGGGGGCAGUUUGUGGUCUUGGAAGGAGAGAAGAACGUCAUCACGCCACAGCACAUUCAGGCAGAGGACAUCGACACGGAUAACAAUGACAUCCUCUGCACCAUCAUCGUUCAGUCGACGUCGGGCUACGUGGAGAACAUCUCCCCAGCCCCGGGGUCAGAGAAGUCCAGGUCGGGGACCGCCAUCACCGCCUUCAGCAUCAAAGAUAUCGGUCUCGGACACAUCUACUAUGUCCAGAGCAUCCACAAGGGGGUGGAGCCUGUGGAGGACCGAUUUACCUUCCGCUGUUCGGAUGGCAUCAAUUUCUCCGAUCGCCACUUCUUCCCCAUCGUCAUCAUCCCAACCAAUGACGAGAAACCAGAGAUUUUUGUCCGCGAGUUUGUGGUCAUGGAGGGCAUGAGUCUGGUCAUCGACACACCCAUCCUGAACGCAGCCGAUGCUGACAUUCCGCUUGACGACCUGGACUUUGAGAUCAUCACAAACCCCAAGCAUGGCAGUGUUGUCCAGCAGCUUGGUACGGGCACCAUCCCUGUGACCAAGUUUUCCCUGGACCAGAUCAAGGAGGCGUCCAACAUCGUCUAUGAACACGAUGACUCAGAGACCAAAGAGGACAGUUUUGUGGUAAGGCUCUCCGAUGGGAAACACACCGUAGAGAAAAAGGUUCUCAUCAUGGUCAUUCCCGUUGACGAUGAGACACCCAGAAUGGCUAUAAACGACGGAUUAGAGGUGGAGAUUGGAGAAACCAAAAUAAUCAAUAACCACGUUUUAAAAGCCACCGAUCUGGAUUCUGAGGAUAAAGAGCUGACGUAUGUUGUGCGCUAUGGCCCUAGCCAAGGAUACCUUCAACGCAUCACCAAGCAUGGGGAUGUUCUGGGCAACAUCACCAUUGAAAUGAACUUCACUCAAGAUGACAUCGACAAACAGCUCAUCCAGUACGUCCACACCGGCCAGGAAGGAGUCCGUGACUUGCUGAAAUUCGAUGUCACCGAUGGGAUCAACGCUCUUAUUGACCGUUACUUUUAUAUAAACAUUGGAAGUAUGGACAUGGUCUUCCCAGAUGUCAUCAACAAAGGUGUCACCCUGAAAGAAGGAGGCAAAGUGACCCUGACCACUGACCUGCUAAGCACCACUGAUAUCAACAGUCCUGAUGAGUUCCUAAGCUUUAGCAUCACUCGCGCCCCUAGCCGAGGUCAUCUGGAAUGCACAGACUUUCCAGGCGUUCCAAUUUCCACUUUCACCCAGCUGCAGCUCGCCGGCAACAAGGUUUAUUACAUCCACACCUCAGAUGAUGAGAUGAAGAUGGACAGCUUUGAGUUUGAGGUGACGGACGGCUACAACCCUGUGUUCCGCACCUUCAGAGUGUCCAUCACGGAUGUGGACAACAAGAAACCCGUCCUCACCAUCAGCCAGCUGAUAGUGGCGGAGGGAGAGAUCAAGCUCAUCACUCCGUUUGAGUUGACCGUGGAGGAUCGCGACACCCCAGACAACCUGCUGCGCUUUGUGAUCACUCAGGUGCCGGUGCAUGGCCAACUGCUCUACAACAACACGCAGCCAAUCACUUCUUUCACCAAGCAGGACCUGAAUGAAAAUCUCAUCACGUACAAGCACGACAGCACCGAAACCAAUGAGGACAGCUUCUCCUUCACUGUCACAGACGGAACACACUCCGACUUCUACGUCUUCCCCGACACAGUUUACGAGACACGCAAACCCCAGAUGAUGACCAUUCACAUCAACACGGUGGACAACGGAGUCCCGCAGAUCCUUGUUAACAAAGCAGCUGCUUCGCUCAGGGUCCUGCACACAGGCCACUUGGGUUUCCUGAUCACUAGCAAGGCCCUGAAGGCUGAGGACAGAGACAGCGCCAACAAGGUGCUGAAGUACACAGUGUCAGAGGCACCGCUGCAUGGCUUCAUCAUGAACAGCGCCCUCGGAAAUGACAGCAUCAAAGUCUUCUCACAAGCUGAUAUUGACGAAAUGAAGAUCUGCUAUGUGCUCCUGGAUGGGAGCAACGCCACAAGUGAUAUCUUCUACUUCACUGUGGAGGAUAACGGUGGAAACAAGCUGAAGCCACAGCCAUUCCGGCUCAACUGGGCCUGGAUCUCCUUGGAGAAAGAGUUCUACCUGGUGGACGAGGAUGCCAAGUUCCUGGAGGUCACCCUCAAACGCAGGGGCUAUCUGGGAGAAACCUCUUUCGUCAGCAUCGACACAAAGGACGGCACAGCGGAGAAGGACAAAGAUUUCCGCGGAAAGUCCCAGAAGCAGGUCCAGUUCAACCCGGGCCAGACCACGGCCACCUGGAAGGUGAAGAUUUUCACCGACCAGGAGUUUGAGACAUCAGAGACCUUCGAGAUCAAGCUGUCCGAACCCGUCAUGGCUGUCCUGGAGUUCCCUGACUCCGCCACCGUGGAGAUAGUGGACCCUGGUGAUGAGUCCACGGUGUUCAUCCCCCAGGCUGAGUUCAAGAUCGAGGAGGACAUUGGGGAGCUGCUGGUCCCUGUCCGGCGCUCAGGGGACGCCAGCCAGGAACUCAUGGUGGUCUGCUUCACGCAACAAGGCACGGCCACAGGCACCAUCCCCAGCACGGUUUUGUCCUACUCAGACUACAUCACCAGACCCGAGGACCACACCAGCGUGCUGCGCUUCGACAAGGACGAGCGGGAGAAGACCUGCCGCAUCAUCAUCAUCGACGACUCGCUGUACGAGGAGGAAGAGAGCUUCAAUGUCACGCUGAGCAUGCCAAUGGGUGGCCAGUUAGGCGCCAGCUUCCCCAGCGCUAAGGUUACCAUCCUGGCAGACAGUGACGACGAGCCGUCCCUGUACUUCGGGGAGCCGGAGUACCUGGUGGAUGAGAGCUUGGGCUACGUGGAGGUGAGGGUGUGGAGGACAGGCACCGACCUGUCCAAGACCGCCACCAUCACUGUGCGCUCCCGCAAGAGCGACCCCGUCUCCGCCGAGGCUGGCCUGGACUAUGUUGGCAUCAGCCGUAACCUGGACUUUGCCCCGGGGGUGACCAUGCAGACGUUCAGGGUGACCAUCCUGGAUGACCUGGGCCGGCCGGAGCUGGAGGGGCCUGAGACCUUUGACCUGGUCCUCAGGAUGCCCAUGAACGCUGUGCUGGGAGAGCCCAGCAAGACCACCAUCACCAUCAACGACACCAUCACCGACCUGCCCAAGGUGCAGUUCAAGGAGGGCAGCUACAAGGUGGACGAGGCCGACGGGGAGGUGAAGGUCAUCGUCUACCGCAGCGGCGACAUAAGCCACGUCUCCACGGUGCGCUGCUACACACGUCAGGGCUCCGCCCAGGUCAUGAUGGACUACAACGAGAGGCCCAACACCGACGGGUCGCUGGUCAGCUUCCUCCCAGGGGAGAGUGAGAAGCCGUGCGUGGUGACCCUGGUGGAUGACUCGGUGUACGAGGAGGACGAGGAGCUCCGCCUGGUGCUGGGCACGCCCAAGAGCAAGUCCCCCUACGGCGCCUCCAUAGGGGAGCAGAAGGAGGCGCUGGUCACCAUCACGGACGACAAAGACAAGCCCAUCAUCCGUUUCUCCGAGAUCAAGUACAGCGUGCGGGAGCCUCAGGUGAAGGGCGAGGUGGCCCUGGUCAGGAUCCCCAUCCUGAGGGUGGGAGACAGCUCCAAGGUGUCACUGGUGCGCGUCCACACCAAGGACGGCUCCGCCACCUCCGGAGAGGACUACAACCCCCUGUCUGAAGAUGUGGAGUUUAAGGAGGGGGAGACGGAGCACUUUGUGGAGGUGCAGAUCCUGUUUGACGGCCAGAGGGAGAUGAGAGAGGCCUUCACUGUGCACCUGAAGCCUGAUGAAUACAUGGUGGCCGAGACCAUGAUGAGCAAGGCCAUCGUGUUCAUCGAGGAGAUGGACAGCGUGGCGGACGUCACCUUCCCGGCCGUGCCCGUGGUGAUCUCCCUGCUCAUGUACGACGACACGGCACGCGCCAGGGACAGCCCCCGACCCUCGACCGGGUACCCUGUGGUCUGCGUGACCGCCUGCAACCCCAAAUACCACGACUUUGACAAGACGGGUUCCAUCUGCACGGCGGAGAACAUCAACGACACCCUGACCCAGUACCGCUGGCUCGUGAGCGCCCCCAGCGGGGCCGACGGCGUCACCAGCCCCAUGAGAGAGGUGGACACCAACACCUUCUUCACCAACACCAAGUCCAUCACCCUGGACUCCAUCUACUUCCAGGCAGGCUCCCGGGUCCAGUGCGCUGCCCGUGCCUUCAACAUCAACGGAGACGCCGGCCUGGAGCUGUCCAGUCCCAUCGCCGUGGUCAGCAGGGAGGAAGGGAUGUGUCAACCUCGUGUCCCCGGUACCGUGGGGGCGGAACCCUUUUCUGCCAAGAUCCGCUACACGGGCCCCGACGACCCCGACUUUCCCAACCUCAUCAAGCUGACCGUCCACAUGCCACACAUGGACGGCAUGCUGCCUGUCAUCUCUACCAGGGCGCUCCAGAACUUCGAGCUAACCCUGAGCCCGGAUGGCACACGCGUGGGCAACCACCGCUGCUCCAACCUGCUGGACUUCAACGAGAUCCAGACGGGCCACGGCUUCAUCACAGACGCCACCAAGAACCCGGAGAUCAUCGGCGAGACGUCUCCCUACCAGUACAGCGGCACCAUGCGCUCCGCCAACUCGCUGCGCUUCUACAGGAACCUGAACCUGGAGGCGUGCCUGUGGGAAUUCACCAGCUACUACGACAUGUCUGAGCUGCUCAGCGACUGUGGGGGGUCCAUCGGAACCGACGGGCAGGUGCUGAACCUGGUGCAGUCCUACGUCACCCUGCGCGUGCCCCUCUUUGUCUCCUACGUGUUCCACUCCCCCGUGGCCGUGGGCGGCUGGCAGCACUUUGACCUGCAGUCCGAGCUCAAGCUCACCUUCGUCUACGACACCGCCAUCUUGUGGCAGGAGGGCAUAGGCAGCCCGCCAGAGGCAGAACUGCAAGGAGCCAUGUACCCCACCAGCAUGAGGAUCAACGAGGAGGGCCGUCUGGUGGUCAACUUCAAGACAGAGGCUCGCUACAGGGGCCUCUUUGUCAUGUCCCACCCAGGAACAGGCCUGUCGUCCAUGGUGAUGUGUGCGGACCACCCAGGGCUGACCUUCACCCUGUCCCUGGUCCGGACUGAGCCCACCUACAACCAGCCCAUGCAGCAGUGGACCUUUGUCUCAGACUUUGCUGUGCGUGACUACUCUGGCACCUACACGGUGAAGCUGAUCCCCUGCAGCGCCUCCCCCAGCGGCGAGUACAGCCUCCCCCCUGUGUGCCACCCUCGAGAGCCCCUCACCUUCGACAUGGACAUCCGCUUCCAGCAGGUGAGUGACCCAGUGGCAGCAGAGUUCAGUCUCAACACCCAGAUGUUCCUGCUGUCUAAGAGGGAGCUGUGGCUGUCUGACGGCUCCAUGGGCUUUGGAGAGGGAUCCGACGCCGCCUUCUCAGAAGGCUCGUCCAUCUACGGCCGCGUCAUGGUGGACCCGGUCCAGAACCUGGGAGACUCGUUCACCUGCAGCAUCGAGAAGGUGUUCCUGUGCACUGGGGCGGAUGGAUACGUGCCCAAGUACAACCCCACCAACAAGGAGUAUGGUUGCCUGGCGGACGCUCCCUCGCUGCUCUACAGGUUCAAGAUCCUGGACAAGGCCCAGCCAGAGACCCAGGCUUCUGCGUUUGGAGACGUCCUGUUUGAAGCCACCCUGGCCCUGGACAGCCCAGGGGCCCUUCCUCUGGUCAGACAGCCUGGCUCUGACGGCUUCACCCUGUCCUCCUCCCCUCUGUUCCAGGUGGCUGCCGGUCGAGAGUGGUUCAUCCACACCAUCUAUACCGUCCGCUCCAGAGAUAACGCCAACCGCAGCAUCGGAAAGCGCAGCCUGGACUACCAGCGCCACAGCCUGUCCUCCGUGGACCCCCAGCCCCAGAUCGGCACCUCCUCCCUGGGCCGCAGCCGCCGAGCCGCCCCCUCCGCCCCCGCCCUAGCCCAGGACAUUGGUGUGGACGCCAGCCGGGGCACCAACAUCCAGCACAUCGCUCUGGAUCGCUCCGACCGCAUGGUGGUCAGCCAGCGCCAGCCCUGGACCCCCAGCCGCGAGCGCCAGCCCCUCCUGGAGCGGCCCCUCCUGGGGAGCUCCGGCAGGGAGCCCCUGGACACCUCCACCCUGCCCAUGCUGGUGGGGCUGGCCGGUCUUAUCCUCCUCAUCUGCCUGGUCGCCAUCGUGGUCAUCCUGCUGGUGCGGCGCAAGAGGCGGGACAAGGAGAGCCAGUUCCCUCCCUACGCCACCUCCUCCAGCUCCGCCUACGGCGGGAGCAGCUGCAGCGGCGGAACGACGAGCACGAGGCAAUUCUCGGAUAGUUCCGAGGUCUAGACACACACACACACACACACACACACAGACACACGCAGACACACACACACAUAACCCAGACCUUCCCUGCAGACCCCCUCUGAAAAGAAAACUGACUGUUCCUUUCUCCACCACAGUGCCUUCUAAGUUAAAACAAACGAACAAACCUCACUCUCCUUAGCACUGAAGACAGCUCAUACAGCCACCACUCUGGACAGUACAACUAUAUGGACGAGGGUUACUACAAAUGCAAUAUGUGUGAGUGCAUUCGUGCUGGGCUUGUAAAGAGCUGGCGUUCUGCCAGGCUGCCUGACCCACUAUGAAGUGUAUCCUGCCUCUCAUGUAAACAGCCCCUCUGUAGAAACACAGGCUUCAUUUAAUAACACCACUCGUUCAAUUGUACCACCUGUUUGUCUUGUUUAUAGUUUUUAAAUGCAAAGAGUCACGCGUUGGAAUUGCUGUCCUAGCGCCAAUCCCGUUCUGCCUCAUUUUGCCCAAUUGUAAAGAACACCCCCCCCCCCUCCCCGCUGCCCAUUUACUGUUUGUGCUUGAGUUGGAAAAACCCAGAGGAAUCUUCUGAAAUACAGCAUGUCUUCAGCACAGGUAGCCUUACGAGUUAACAGCUCUGGUGUUUUUGCGUCCCCUGUUUUCCCUGGAGAAAACAACUUUACCGAGGUGUUUUUACCAUCAUCACUCAUUGUCAAUCAUUGUAUUAUUUCAUGUUUUUUUUAUGUUGAGAGGAACAGCCAUGUGUUAAAUGUUAUGUAAGCGGAGGUUAUCUGUCUAGUGAAUGCUGUUGUGAUAAAUUCUUGUAUUUUUGUAACGUGAUGUUGACGAUGCACUGCUGUGCGUUUUAAAAGCCCUUCAUGUCUGUACCCACUGCAGCAUACCAUAAUGGUGCUAUUCAAAGGGAUUGUAUUAUGUCAUUUUAGUCAAAUGAGAGAAACGUAACUAUUAAUUCAGAAUUUGUUUUUAUACAUCUUUUUACAGGUCUUUGAGAAUGCGGUUUAAAAGCAUACCUAUGUGCAUAGCAUGACUUGCCUGUGUACAUACUUGCAUGUGUAGAAUAUUGAAAAUCUCCACAGGACAAUGCAAACAAAAAAAAGGUAUUAAGACACCCUGGUGAAACUUGAAAAUUAAAAAAACUCAACACUCUGUGCUCUGUAACCUAGAAAGCAAUAACCAACUUAAAAUUAUUACCUUUGUUUUAUGCAAGUGACAGUAUAUAAGUUAACAUGUGCCAAUUAGUAUAGAUGUAGAAUGUUCCAGACCAAUUUCAAUCAAAUUGGUGUUUUAUCAAUUUUGUGAUCACGUCAAUGCCUUGUUUGAUGUACGCCAACUAUAACUGCCAAAUACAAAUGUACUUUUCUGAAA